GUUCUCAAAAUCACGAUGGACAAUGGCUACUCAGACGCACCCUGUUUGAAGCGUCGCAAAUUAUCCUUAGCUGACUUUCAAGACCUUCCACGACACCUAUACCAACACGUUGUCAAGUUCCUUCCCCAGCAGGACCUCGUUGCCCUCGCUCAGGUAUCACUGCAUUUCAACCCGCUAUGCAACAAGCGGUUAUAUUCCAGAAUCCUUUUCACACCCCGUGAGUGCAUCUUGCUAAGCGCCACAUUGGUUUAUGAUUAUUGGACUAUUGCUAGAUCACUGGAUCUGCUCUUCCCGGAUAACCAUUUGUCUGCUUUUUACACGCGUGAGAUCACUAUUGCAGAUGGUAGCGUCUAUGAUAGCAUAAUUCCCUGGUUCAACGCUAUUUCCUUUGUAAACCUCCAGAAGUUUGUUCCUCUUGGUAUUCAGAAUCCUGAAUGCUUGGCGGGCUUUGAAACUAAACAAUUUGAGACUCUCUCCACCGUGGUGAGUCCUUUUCAGUCCACAACAUUCCCUCAAACCUUUAAGGAAAUGAUAGUUUCCGCCCACGUCAACAAUUGGUUGUAUGAUUAUAAUAUUACUGAGAAUGCUGAGCUGGAUUUGAAAGCAAUGACAUCCAACAAGGGUGUCGUUUCGUCCUUAAAAGUGUUUUCAUCUAUGAAGUGUGGCCUCCGAUAUCUCGACGAGCUUAGUCAACUAUUUGGAAAGUCAGCCAUUCAGAAAAUAGAUCUAAAGAUAUUUUCCCUAAGUCAUGUGCACCGGUAUGAUAACAUCGAUCCUGAAGUUGAGCCAGACCCCAUGCUUCGCUUAGAAGUUUUGAGUAUGUUGGUCACCGCACCCAUGCCUAGAUUGGAGUACAGUCUAGUUCUGGAAUUUUUACAAGUGGGGAAGGUACAAAAUCUCGAGCUCGAAGUGGGCUGUAUGGAUCGAUCGUCCGGAUGUUUAUGCUCCGAGGAGUUUCUAGCUAAUUGUUGCGGUGGGUUCAGGACCUUGAAAAAACUAGUCCUAACCAGAGGUGAUUAUCCAAUCCUACGGGAGCUACAUGAAUGGCACGAUAGCUUUGGUGGCUUGAUCACCGCUAACCUGGGGACCCUUGAGUACCUUUACGUCAACUUCAACAAUAUUGUCCUCCCCGUUCAUGAGAUGGCACAAGUGAGCUUGGAGAGCAUCGAACGGUUGAGAAACUCGUCACUUCUCUUUAUGGGGAGCAUCAUGCAGUGUAAAAUUUUGGAAGAGUUGGUCAUAACAGACUUUGUGGAGUCAUACUUGUGCUUUCACAGCAACAUCAAGGAAUAUUUCACGCAACGUGCCAAGGACCCGCAAGGCUUAAUCCAGUGUCCUGAAUGCCAAAGGGUUUUCGAUGAAUUUCCGGACAAAGACCGGUUUUUCGAGGCUAUACUUGAGGUUUUACCAGGAAUCCAGUCCAGGACUAUGGAUCUGGGUAUAGAUACUUGUCUCUCAAAGUUGGAUAUCCUCAGACUCCCGUACACUGUGGGGAGAGAGAAAAUAGAUCCCCUUUCCCCGAGCCUGGGUGGCUAUUCCGACGAAGAAGAAACGGAGGAAAUGACUGAUAAGAUGUUCGCGAGUAUUGUCAAUCUUAUUGCUCACUGUUUAAUGCCGACUGUGGAAACUUUACUUGAGGCGUUGCCGAAACUCCGGACGGUAUCGUUGGAUGGAAUCCUUUUUGAAAGCAGGAAUAGCCGCGGUAUCCGUUCCAUGGUAUGUGUAAGUGAAGUUUAUCAAGGACAUACAUAGUUGACUGUUUGGGCAAUGUGUGGAAACCAAUGAGGUACCAUGAAGCUUAGUCUAUAUACUUUUGUGUAUAUUUAACGUGUUCCAGUAGAGUGAUUUUUUUUUUUUUGAUUUUUU